UGACCGUGUUUGGUGCUGGGGAGUUCGCCAGUCUCAAAUGGCGCUUUGCUCGUGGAAUUAAGGUACAGAGACGUGGUCAAUGGCAACUCGAAUAUGAUGGCUUCAAAUAACACGUCGGUGAGAACCAACACGUCAAUCACAACCACCCUCGCAGCUACGACUCAGAUAUUCCCCCUCUCAACCGCAACUUCAGCCCCAGAUGACAACAUCUACAUCUUCAUCUACUCCUUUGUGAUCACAAGUGUCUUCAUCAUCCUGAUUGUAGCUGCCUGUGUCUCUGUGUGGUUUCGGAUGAAAAAGACUCCACAAAAUGCGACAGAGAUGACACCAUACUUCGGUAAAGAUAGGAACACUAGGAUGGUUAAGGUGCUUCCCACACUACCAGCCCCCCACACCAAACAACUGAACCAACGUGAGGAGAGAAUGUCAAGGCUAUUCUUCAGAGGGAGUUUCCAGACGCCCACCUUUACCCUGGAGGACUUAUCGUUGUUGGAGAUUUUUAAAAUCGGGAAACAGGGGAGGUUCUACCGAGCGAAGAUCACCCGGGGAUACUGCAAGGGGCACCGGCUGGUCACGUGCAAACUCUACUCAAGGAACACCCCCCACAAGAACCUGGAGACCGAGAUUAACAUCAUGAAGAAGCUGAGCUACCACAAGAACAUCGUGCAGCUGCUGGACUGGAACUCCACACAAGAGCCUUACCUGUUGAUUAUGGAGCAAGCAGAGUGCGGCACUCUGAAGAACUUAUUGCAGAAUAACAGGAUACAGUUGUCUAACAACAAAGAACUAAAGGCACAGCUCACAUCAGCGGCUUACUUCAUAUCCCUGGGGUUGGAGCACAUGGCGUCCAAGAAGGUUGUUCACCGGGACAUUGCAGCGAGGAACAUCCUGGUCUGUCAGUUCCCUCAGGGGUGUAAGAUCGCGGAGUUCGGGCUGGCCAGAGACCUGUCCAACUCCAAGGUCGUCAAGAAGGAGAAGGGACAGAGGCCGGCAGGGAUUCCGUUCCGCUGGUACCCACCGGAGUAUUUCACCGACGGGAUCUACACACUGCAGAGCGACAUCUGGGCCUUUGGAAUCCUGCUCUACGAGAUGGAAACAUUGGGAAGCUCCCCGUACCCUGAGUUUGAGACCGCAGACGAGGUGAUUUUAAACGUGUGCUCCGGGUAUAAGAUGAAGAAGCCAAGGCAAUGCAGGAAUGAAAUUUACGAGGUGAUGCAGUUCUGCUGGAGUCAGGCCUAUGAGGAGAGACCGCUGUUCAGUGACAUUAUUAAGUACCUUGAGGAUCUGGUGGAAAACGAUGCAGACUACAUCCAGGUGGAAGAUUGUCUGGAACCACACGCUCCGCAGGCGCAGCCCAGCGUGUUGGUGCCCGUGGCCAGGAACAUGCCACACGUCCCGUGUGUACAGAACAGCUACGUUACGGAAUGGUUGGAUUCGGUCUGACCAGCAACGGCCACCGUCUCCUGAAAGACCUGAGGAAAAGGCCGAGCUGGGAAGAAUAUCUACUUGGCCGUUGCGUGUGAAGUUACUGCAGGCUGGAGCCGCCGCGUGUUGAUUGUUUUGGCUGAUCAUUCACCGCCCACCAAGCUGUGGCCUCAAAGAGAUUGACUGUGGAUUGGAGGUGUCUGGGCUGGACCCGGUGUACUUUUUGGCAUAUGAACUGUGUGUAAUAUCUGUACAGGUUAAACAGAGAAUUGGGGGAAGUCAAGACGGAACUCGAAGGGCAGUGCAGCAGGUGCACAACCUUCACAUCAAACAAGUGCAGCUUUAAUCAGGGUCAUCAGGUAGGAGGUUAAAACAACAUCAAAUGACUUUUCCACAGCGCCUUUCACAUCGAGAGGAUUUGCACCCGAGCUGGA